AUGAGGUGUGCGCUUCCAGCAGCACUUGCUGGACACCAGACUGGACCAGAUGAGGAUCAGGUAGAAGAACGAAUGUUGGAACGCAUUUCCGAUUUGCUUUGCAAGCCUGGAGUGUACAAAUUGCCCACCGAUGGCCGCGUGUUUCGUUCCAAGGACGACUUCUGGUGGGAGCAGAUGAGGCAGCGGCACUUCCGCCUGCGUCGCAGGGCGAAAGAGCGUGGCUCUGCCGUGCCCACAGCGGAAGAAGAGGAGCCGUUGGAAGGUCCACCUGCUGUUGUGCAUGUCUCGCGGGAGGAAUGCGUUCAAUUGGUCGUGGGUUGCGCUAAACUGGAUUUUCGCCACGAAGCCCUGUUGAAGGGCGUCACCAGCUGGCUCUGUGAGGGACGUCGCCAUGCGGAACUCUCAGCCGAAGAGGUGGCUGCUUUCCUGGACAGCUUCGCACAGCUGGGCUAUGCGCAGCCUUUGCUGCGAGCGGCGCUGGAACAUGCCCUCUUGCGUGUCGCACCCGAGAUGCCUCCUGAGAGCUGCACCCGAGCUCUACAGGGUGCCAUCGAUGUAGGCCCCUAA